AUCUCGAACAGGGUACACAAAUUUACCCAGAAAAAGAAUCGCGUGAUGUGGCGGAUUUUGAACUAAGGUGUUAUCAACUGCUGCUUACAGCAAUUUCGGCAUCACCUUGGCACUAAUCCGAUUUUACACGAAGUUUCCUGAAUACUUGCAUGGCCUAAGACCACUUGACGUUCAAUUUCUGUUGUGAACAGUGGCAGUAUGCGGUCAGUUUCUAGUUGUUUUUCUUUCGUCUUCGCUUGUGGCCUUUUGGUCACUGGCACGACGGCACAAGUUGAUUGGUGGCAAUCCACGGUGCUUUAUCAAAUUUAUCCCAGAUCUUUCAUGGAUUCAAAUGGAGACGGCAUUGGUGACUUGAAUGGUAUUGCUUCUCAAUUGGAUCAUUUCGUGGAAAUUGGCGUCGGUACCAUCUGGCUAUCCCCUAUUUACAAAUCUCCGAUGGCGGACUUCGGAUAUGACAUUUCCAACUUCACGGAUGUAGAUCCGCUCUUCGGUACCCUGGAGGAUUUUGACAAUCUAGUUGCUGAGGCGAAAGCAAGAGGGCUUCGGGUGGUCCUGGACUUCGUGCCGAAUCAUUCAAGUGAUGAACACGACUGGUUUGUUCGCUCUGUUGCCCGAGAAGACCCUUACACUGAUUAUUAUGUGUGGCAUGAUGCCAUCGGAACGGACGACGAAGGCAAUCCGAUUCCACCUUCUAAUUGGCUCAGCGUCUUCCGUUUUUCAGCAUGGGAAUGGAAUGAAGAACGCCAGCAAUUCUACUUGCACCAGUUCCUCACCAAGCAGCCAGACUUGAACUUCUUCAAUGAAGCCGUGAUUAAGGAAUUCGAUGACAUCAUCUUGUUUUGGCUGGACCGCGGCGUCGACGGCUUGCGUUGCGAUGCAGUGAAACACAUGGCUGAGGUUCAGGAUUUGACAAUGAAUGAACCUCCAUCGGGGAUCGAUGGUGUAACUGAUCCGACUGAUUACGCAUUCUUAGAUCAUAUCUACACGACUAAUCAAGACAAAACCUACGAGGUUUUGCGUCAUUGGCGACAACUUCUUGACGAUUACUCUGCUUUCAACGGAGAAACCAAGGUUAUGAUCACGGAAGUUUAUGAAGGAGACGUGGACAAACUGAUGGCGUACUAUGGCACAGAAGACGAACCUAUUGCCCACUUCACUUUCAAUUUCAAAUUCAUUGAUUAUUUGACGGGAGACCUGACUGCUGGUAAAGUGCGGGAUGCUAUUGCUAAUUGGCUCGACAACAUGCCGUCCUGGGGAUGGGCAAACUGGGUGCCAUGUUGUACAAAUGAACAGAUUGGAAACCAUGAUAAUCAUCGAGUUGCCAGCCGAUUCGGUUCCGAGGUGAUCGACGCCAUCAACAUGCUUGUGCAGCUGUUGCCCGGAACUGCAGUGACUUACUACGGGGAAGAGAUCGGAAUGGAAGAUACCUUCAUAACCUGGGAGCAGACCCAAGACCCAUUCGGCUGCAAUUUCGGCCCCGAGGGCUACAUGAACGUUUCCCGCGAUCCGGAGCGAACUCCCAUGCAGUGGACCGGUGAGCGACCGAAUGCGGGUUUCUCGGCGGCGCCGGACGGCGCCACUUGGCUUCCCGUCAACGAGAACAGCUACGAACUGGACUUGAAUGUGGCGGCGCAACGCGGAGUGCCCGGGUCUCACAUGUCAGUCUAUGGAACGCUCACGGCUCUGCGCAACGAAAACGCUGUGAUACAAACUGGCCUUUUGCUCGUGCCCGAGGAGCUCAAUGAUGAAUUCAUACUCACUUUGAUCAGGUAC